GUUGUGUAACAUCUGUCGGUAACAGCCUCCGCUGUCUCGGGGCUCCCUCCUUCUCUGGCGGCUAAACAACCAGCUGAGCAUAGAAAUAGAAGAGCUAGCUAGCUGCUUUAGUUAGCUUUCAACGGCUUAACUUAAAAUAACCACUCAAUGUAGGACUGCUAUGCUAGGUAGAGCGCAUCAUUUGGCUGAAUUGAUGUAAUUAUGUAGCCCUGGUUGACCAACAACCCAGAAAAUCCAUCUUUGAUAUUCAUUUGGAGUUGGGUAGCAGGCCCAGGCCUAUCUAUCUGCUGUAUGUCUAGAAGCGGUUCAGCUACAGGUUUACUCAACGUGACCAGCUGUCAAUAACAAGCUGCUUUUUUCACAAUGACACAGAGGACAGGUUUUUGACUGGAAUUCAGCCAUGUCGAUAUGUUUUGUGUCUGUGAUGUUCCCUCAGGUGAUCCAGUUCAGCGUCUUCCUGACGUCUCUGGCUCAGGAAGCUGUGGAGAAGAUCUGCCAGCUCUUCCUCGACUGUUCCUCUCUGCUGCAGCUGGAGGUGACACAGGGUGUUUCAGAGAUGGAGGACCUGCAGAGGAGACUGGAGGAGGCUGAGACGGAGCUGAAGCUAGUGCUAGAGGACAGAGGAGGCCAGGAGGAAGCAGAUGAGCUGACGGAGGAGCUGACGGAGGAGCUGACGGAGGAGCUGACGGAGGAGCUGACGGAAGAGCUGACAGAGGAGCUAACGGAGGAGCUGACAGAGGAGAGCAGCGUAGCGAAGGAGGACAGGAGGGCUGAGACCAACGGAGCAGAAGGAGAGCCUUUGCAGAGGCAGCUCUCCGGGAGGAAGAGUCGCAGAGUAGGGGCUGGCGGAGAUGCUGGAGUACAGAGGUCGCCUAUAAUCCACCUGUGGAAAGGCAGAACAUAUGAGGACAGUGUCCAACCAGUGAUAAUAAAGGAGGAAGGACUGGAGGCGUUGGCCGACCAGGCGUCCUCUGACUCCGGUCAGUACAGAGAAGAGCCGGGCCAGGACAAUGACGACGACCCAGACUACCAGAUGGAGCCACACGAUCCAGAUGACGGUGACCCAGGAUUAACUACCAGACCUAGACGUGUUGUUAAGCCAAAGUCCCUACGAGGUAGAGCGAAGAAGGAGAACCAGAACCAGCAGCCUCUGAGCUGCAGACUCUGCGGGAAGACGUUCACCAAGCUGCUGCACCUGAAGGCCCACCAGGCUGCGCACGGGACCAACGCAGAGAAGCCUUUCUGCUGCUCUCAGUGUGGCAGAGGCUUCUCCUUCCAGCGGAGCCUCAACGCUCACAUGCUGCUUCAUACAGGUGAGAGACCACACACCUGUGAUGUUUGUGGGAAGGGCUUCACUCUGAAGCAGCUGCUGAGGAACCACCAGCGCCUGCACGCCGAGGUCCGGCCGUUCCGCUGUGAGCAGUGCGGGAAGAGCUUCUACCGAGCACACGGCCUGAAGAUGCAUCAGAUGGUCCACACGGGGGAGCGGGCCUACAACUGCCAGUACUGCAACAAAAGCUUCACCAUCCAAGGAAACCUGCAGCGCCAUCUGCGCAUCCACACGGGGGAAAAGCCCUUCAGGUGUGAGACUUGUGGCAAGAGCUUCAACCAGGCGGACACUCUGAAGGGCCAUCAGCGGAUCCACACGGGGGAGCGCCCCUUCAGCUGUGAGACCUGCGGCAAGUGUUUCAUCCAGAAGAGUGCCCUGAAGAUGCACCAGAAGACCUCCCACCCAGGCUCCAGGGAGAGGUCUCUGGCCUGCGUGGCGUGCAGCACCACGGUGACCUGCGUGGACUCGCUCCGGAAACACCUCCAGACCCACGCGGCCACCAUCCCCUGUACGUGUGUGAUCUGCGGCCGGCGGAUCAGCUCCAUCACAGACCUGCGCUCUCACCAGCAGCACCACACGGUGGACCGGCCGCACAGCUGCGGGCUCUGUGGGAAGAGCUUCAAGUCGUCCAGUUACCUGAAGAUUCACCUGAAGACGCACAGCGGGGAGAAGCCCUUCUCCUGCGACAUCUGCGGACGCAUGUUCACACAACACAGCAGCCUUAAAUCACAUCAGGUUGUCCACACAGGAGAGAAGCCGUUCAGCUGCGACACAUGUGGGAAGUGUUUUAGCAACACAGGGAACCUGAACAGACACCAGCGCAUCCACACCGGGGAGAAGCCGUUCUGCUGCGACACAUGUGGCCGCAGCUUCAACCAGGGAAAUAGCCUGAAAGCACACCAGCAGAUACACACCGGGGAGAAACAGUUCAUGUGCGACAAGUGCGGGAAGAGUUUCUCCUACCUGAGGAACCUGAAGGACCACAAGUGUUUCUACGUCUAAAGACUAAACUGUGAAGAGGACGAUGACAUAGGGUUGCCUGAACCCAACAAGGACUACAUGAAUGGAUGGAUAGUAAAAGAUUGGUUUUCCAGAUUCAAAGCUACCCUCAAUGAAAAUGUUGAGGAUAAAUGCAGUGUGGGGUUUGGAUUUGUGGAACUGUAAUUUAACAGCCUUAAGUUAAAGUCGAAAAAAGGUUCAGGUAAGCACCAUUAUAAAAUCAGCUCAAAUGAUUUGAAGCUGGAUACUGCUGUACAACAAAGAGUUAGAACACAUUGUAUUUAAAAUCCGCCGUCCAGGCCUUAGAAAACGUACGUUUUUAUCUCUCCAACUUUUAUUUGGCAAAUGGCUUGAAUGACUUACAAGCUGUUACAAGCUGUUUUCAUUUUCCCUAGUUUUACCAGGUCUCAAUAUUAUUUGUGUGAACAGAUGGAUAAUCCUUAUGUCAAUGUGUAAUCUGUGAAUGUAAAACACUGUCCACAAAUGCAAAAAACAAUUUUGGAAACACUUUUGUGGGGAUUUACAUUUACAGAUUUCACAAUUACACACGGUAACCAAUGUGUUCACACAUAUAAUAUUGAGACAAAUCUAUCUCCAUAUAACACAAACAAUCUCACCCUCCACAAUUAAUAUUAGGCCGUCUUUAGCCGACGGAUGUCCAAUUACGACCCUGAAGCUUUAAAAGUGUGGCUGACUUUUCUUGCAGCAUUAUAAUCUUUUAACAACCACAUUUAAGUUGCACGACCAUUUGAAGAGUGAUUUGUUUUUUAGUGUUUUUUUUAUAAUGAUCUCCAAUAGAAAAAUAGAUUAAAAAAAAUACAACUGUGACUUUUGGAAACAACGUUGCCUUCUGUGCAGUAAAGAGCCAAUGUGCUGCGGAGAUACCCAAACAGGGAUUUUGUAAGAAUGUGUCAUCUGUUACCUCUCUUGUGGAGUGGAUAUUUGUUAUAUCUCAACUUUGUGUGUCAAACUGAUAAACAUUGUUAUUUAAAUCAUU